AUGUCGUUUGAUUUUGGGCAGUUUGGCAGUGCGGAACCUGCGGACCCUACGUCCGACUUCCUGCAGCGUGAGAAGGAGGCCGCCGGUGCGAUCCUUGGCAAUGACUCGGACCUGUUUGGCUCCGGGCAGCCCGCCGGUGCUCCCGAGCACGACUUUGAGCAGCGUGCGCAAGACUUCCCUGCGUUGGACGACGAGAACGAGUUCGAGGAUGCGCUGAGCGGUGCGCCCGAGCAGCCGGUUGUGCCUGCGGCCAAGCUGGAGUCUGGGCCGAUGCUGAUGCGUGCCGACUCGCUCGCCGAGUUUGGCGAGCCGCCCGAGCCCGAGCCCGUGCCUGCGCCCGCGCCCGCGCCCGCGCCUGAGCCCGAGGCGCAGUUCGAGGCGAGCUUCCCCGAGACGGCGGACCUCGAUGCUGGCGUCGUGCCUGCGCCGCUCCCCCAGGAGCGUGCGCCCGAGCCGGCCGAGACGAUGCCGCUCGGCGACAAAAAGACGCCGUUCACCUACGACGAGCUGGACGAGGAGAGCGACGCGCUGCGUGCGUGGCGCGCCAAGCAGCAAGAAGAAAUUGCGCGGCGCGACGCGCAAUCCGAGCGCCAGCGCAGCGAGGCCGCGUCCAAGGCGGAGCAAGAGAUCGACCAGUUCUACGCGGACUACAACGCGCAGAAGGAGAAGAACAUCCGCAAGAACAAGGAGGCCGAGGCGCGCUUCCACGAGCAAAAGCAGCAGGAACUUGCCGAAGGCACGACCUGGACGCGCAUCACCAAGCUGCUCGACCUGCAAAACAGCCAGUCGAAGACCAUCGCCAAGGUCAGCCCCGGCUCGAGCGACCUGGCCCGCAUGAAGGAGCUCUACCUCUCCUUGCGGCGCGAGGGCGAGUCGGCGCCGGGUGCCGCGGGCUACUAA